AUUAUUGAAGUUGCAUCUGAAAAGACACGCUGGAGAAAACCCCCACAAAUGUGAUGUUUGUUCAAAGGCAUUUGAAAAUACUUCCAACCUCAAAGCACAUUAUACAACGCAUACAGGAGAAAAAAAGUAUGAAUGUGAUGUAUGUUUCAAAGCUUUUGCCCGCAACGGUGAUCUUAAACGGCAUUACAAUAUACAUACUGGAGAAAAUGAAUACAAAUGCGAUAUAUGUUUCAAAAUAUUUACACAGAAAUCAAAUCUUCAACACCAUCAUAAGAUCCAUACUGGAGCAGAACGCUACAAAUGUGAUAUUUGUUCUAAAUCAUUUUUAUUGAAAUCAAAUUUUGAAAGACACUAUGAAAUACAUUCUGCAUUGCGGAAAAAAAACUACAAAUGUGAUAUUUGUUUUAAAGCAUUUGCACAAAAAGCAGACCUCAAAAAGCAUUUUAAAAGACACACUGGAGAAAAGGAAUACAAAUGUAAUAUUUGUUUAAAAGCAUU